AUGAGAGCGACCUUCAAAGUCCCUCGGGGCUUCUCCACUCCCCGCAUACCCCAUUGCCGACCCCGGAUCUCCCAAUCACACCUCCAGUCCAGAGGGCGUCGAGCAAAUAGCUCAAUUUCUGAGACCAGUAGCACCCAAAAAAGCUCUUCGAGAUCUGGGUCAUCCCCGAAGCCGCCUUUCUGGACUCCCGCGCGAGCACUUCUUGUCUCCGCAUUUGCUGCGGGGUUGGGUUACGGCUUUGCCUCGUACAACCAGGCACCACAACCGGCAACCAAAGCGCAGUAUGGAUCAUUGAAAGAGUUUGAGAAGGCAAUCGCGGAAUUGAGAGCGAAGCUAGGCGAGGAUGCCAUUAGCACCGAUGAAGGCGACCUUCAAUCGCACGGAUACUCAGAGUGGUCAACUCUCAAUGCCGAUCGUCUUCCGGUCGCGAUCGCAUACCCGACAUCGACCGAGCAGGUCUCGGAGAUUGCAAAAGUCUGCAAUAAGUACCGAAUGCCCAUGAUCCCUUACUCUGGCGGUUCUAGUCUGGAGGCCAAUUUCUCCGCGCCAUACGGCGGAAUGACCAUCGAUUUCGCUAUGAUGAAUAAAAUCUUGACGAUCCACGAAGAUGAUCUAGAUAUCGUUGUGCAGCCUUCUAUCCAGUGGAUGGACCUGAAUGAGGAGAUCAAGCAUACGGGUCUGUUCUUCCCUGUGGAUCCCGGUCCAUCUGCCAUGAUUGGUGGGAUGGUUGGUACCAACUGCAGUGGAACAAACGCGGUGCGAUACGGGACCAUGAAGGACUGGGUAAUCAAUCUCACUGUUGUUCUCGCCGAUGGCCGGAUUAUCAAGACUCGCAGACGACCACGGAAGACAUCCGCUGGGUAUAAUCUCACCGGCAUGUUUGUCGGCUCGGAGGGAACGUUGGGAAUUGUGACGGAGGCCACAUUGAAGUUGACUCCUAUUCCUGAACAAACCCGAGUCGGGGUGGUAGCCUUCCCCACUAUCCGGGACUGUGCUGCUACUGCGAUGCAGUUGAUCAAAAAGAAUAUUCCCGUGCAAUGUAUGGAGAUCUUGGAUGAUGUGCAAAUGGAUGUGAUUAAUCGCGCGGGUGGGACUGGGCGCUCGUGGAAUGUUGCUCCUACGCUUUUCUUCAAGUUCUCUGGGACUAAGGCUGGUGUCGCUGACAGUGUCGAUCUAACGACGAUACUCGCUAAGAGCAACAAUGCUUCAUCUGUUGAGUUUGCCAAAGAUGAGAAAGAAGCUCAUGAUCUUUGGUCGGCGCGUAAGCAGUCGCUUUGGAGUAUGAUGUCGCUUCGUCCGGAAGGCUCUGAUGUCUGGUCGACGGAUGUGGCUGUGCCUAUAUCCAGAUUACCUGAGAUCAUCGAAAUCUCUAAAAAGGAACUGGUCGACCUUGGUCUGUUUGCCAGUAUCCUGGGACACAUUGGCGACGGAAACUUCCACGCUAGUAUCAUGUUCGAUCGUCAAGACCCAGAUCAGAAGGAACGGGUUGAGAAAGUGGUUCACGAUAUGGUAGAUCGCGCUCUCGAGAUGGAGGGCUCAUGCACGGGUGAACAUGGUGUUGGUCUUGGUAAAAAGGGAUCACUGAAGAAGGAACUCGGAGAGGACACCAUUGAUAUAAUGCGUGGGAUCAAGCGAUCCCUUGACCCACAUUGGCUCCUAAACCCUGGUAAAAUUUUUGAUUUGGAGAGGGAUCCUUGA